CAACGACUCUAGUGGUUUCCACUAGAUAGCACAACCACAAAGUCAAAAUCGAAUAUAUCGUAAAAAUUAAUGAAAGCAAAAUUGAGGUUUUUGGUCUUAAUUUAAGGUUAUGCAUAAGGCUAGCCGUUUGGUUAAGGUUGGGGUUAAGGUCAGGUUUAAAGAAGAUACAUUGUAGAAAUAGGCGGGGUUUAUGACUUUGUGUCUGUGGUAACUACUGUCGACCGACUCGAGUGGAUCCAAUGAGAUCACGCCGCGUUCUGGGCCCUAUGGCGAGAACAAGCAGGUGAUAGCAAGGGAAAAAUCAAGAAAUCUUUAUUAGAGUGGCUACGAAGAGGUUUUCAGUUAAUAGAUCAAGCCAACAGCAAGAAGCAUCACCUAAAAUAAUACCGUUUAGCUCGCUGCAAGUAAAGGCGUGCGCUUUCAUUUUGUUCAUAUUGUUGUUUAAACCAGUCUGCUUCAAAAACUGAACUGCUGGAGUGGAGAAGGUCACCAUGAGGAGGAAGCUGACUUUAUGGGCUCACUUCUGCCUUGUCUUGGCACUGCUGCCUUCACAAACAGCCUCUGUUGCAGUCAUGUCAGUUGACCUGGGCAGUGAGUGGAUGAAAGUAGCGAUAGUAAAACCUGGCGUGCCAAUGGAGAUUGCUCUAAACAAGGAGUCCAGGAGGAAAACGCCAGUAGCUGUGUGUUUAAAAGAAAAUGAGCGACUUUUUGGAGACGGUGCAUUGGGAGUGUCUGUGAAGAACCCCAAAUUUGUCUAUAUGCAUCUUCAGAGCCUCCUUGGCAAGAAGCAUGACAACCCACAGGUGGCAGUCUAUCAGAAACGCUUCCCCGAGCACCAUCUGGUGACAGAUGAGAGUCGGGGCACAGUUCUCUUUAGCAACUCAGAAGAAAUGCAGUACUCUCCAGAGGAGCUCCUGGGCAUGGUUUUGAACUAUUCACGUGGACUUGCUCAGGACUUUGCAGAGCAGCCCAUCAAAGAUGCCGUGAUCACCGUCCCGGCCUUUUUCAAUCAGGCAGAGCGCAGAGCAGUCCUGCAGGCCGCACAGAUGGCAGGUGUUAAAGUCCUUCAGCUCAUCAACGACAACACGGCGGUGGCGCUCAACUACGGUGUCUUCAGGAGAAAAGACAUCAACAGCACAGCUCAGAACAUAAUGUUCUAUGACAUGGGUUCAGGCAGCACAACGGCAACCAUCGUCACAUACCAGACGGUCAAAACCAAAGAGUCGGGUUCCCAGCCACAGCUCCAGAUACGAGGAGUGGGGUUUGACCGCUCUCUGGGGGGCUUUGAGAUGGAGCUGCGGCUGCAGGACCACCUGGCCAAGCUGUUCAACGAGCAGAAGAAGACCAAGAAGGACGUGAGGGAGAACCACCGCGCCAUGGCCAAGCUCCUCAAGGAGGCCCAGAGACUCAAGACUGUGCUGAGCGCUAACGCUGAAUACGUGGCACAGGUGGAAGGGCUGCUGGAUGACAUGGAUUUCAAGGCUAAGGUGACCCGUGUGGAGUUUGAGACCCUGUGUGCUGACCUUUUUGAGAGAGUGCCUGGCCCUGUACAGGAUGCCCUCAGCUCUGCAGAGAUGUCCCUGGAUGAGAUCGAGCAGGUGAUCCUUGUGGGUGGCUCCACCCGAGUGCCUAAGGUGCAAGAAGUGCUGCUCAAAGCCGUUGGGAAAGAGGAGCUAGGGAAGAACCUCAACGCAGAUGAGGCUGCAGCCAUGGGGGCUGUGUACAAGGCCGCUGCCCUCAGCAAGGCCUUCAAAGUCCAACCCUUCCUGGUUAUAGAGGCAACUGUUUUCCCCAUCCAGGUGGAGUUCACAAGGGAGAUGGAGGAGGAUGGCUCCAGGAGCCUGAAGCACAAAAGGCGUAUUCUGUUCCAGAGGAUGACCUCCUACCCCAUGCGCAAGGUCAUCACCUUCAACUGCUACACUGACGACUUUGCCUUCCACAUCAACUACGGAGAUCUCAGUUUCCUGGGCCAGGAAGACCUCAGUGUCUUUGGCUCUCUCAACCUGACCACAGUGCAGCUGUCUGGGGUGGGCAGCAGCUUCCAGAAGCACACAGGUGCUGAGUCCAAGGGCAUCAAGGCCCACUUCAACAUGGACGAGAGUGGCAUGCUCCUCCUGGACCGGGUGCAGUCUGUCUUUGAGACCAUUGUGGAGGAGGAGGAGUCUACUUUGACAAAACUGGGAAAUACAAUUUCCAGCCUGUUUGGAGGGGGAUCCUCAGAACCCAACGCAAAUGUGACGGAACCAGUUCAGGAUGAGGAGGUUCAUCCGGAGUCUGUGAAGGAGCAGGAGGAGGCUGCUCCCCAGGAAGAGAAGCAGGAGCCUGGGGAGAAACAGCAGGAGGAGAAGGUGGCCCCAACCCAGGAGACGACUGAGGGAGUAGACCGUAAGGCUGACCCACAGGAUGAAAAGGAAGGAGCCAAAUCUGGAGAAGCGAAAACGACAGAGGAAGCAGCAAAUACUGAGGCUGAGAAGAAAGCCAAGCCUCAGAAGAAAACCAAGAUCUCUGAGGAUGUCGCAGUGGAGCUCCAAGUGAAAGACAUCCUUAACCCUAAUUUUGAAGCCAUCGCCACCUCAAACAAGAAGCUCCAAGACCUGACUGAUAGAGACCUGGAGAAGCAGGAGAGGGAGAAGACACUGAACAGCCUCGAGGCAUUCCUUUUUGAGACCCAGGACAAGAUGUACCAGGAGGAGUACCAGGCGGUGGUGUUGGAGGAAGAGAAGGAAGCCAUCAUGGCCAAGCUGAGUCAGGUGUCGGCCUGGAUGGAUGAGGAUGGCUACUCUGCGUCCACCAAGGAGUUGCGGGAGAAGCUGCAGGAUCUCAGGAAGCUGUGCAAGGCCAUGUUCUUCCGCGUGGAAGAGCGCAGGAAGUGGCCUGGCCACCUGGCCGCCCUUGAGAGCAUGCUCAACAGCUCCAGCUUCUUCCUCAGGAGCGCCAAACUUGAACAUGAGGAUGACCGAAUCUUCACUGACGUGGAGCUGAAGACGUUGGAAAAAGUAAUCAACGAGACCACUAUGUGGAAGAACAACACAGUAGCUGAGCAGGAGAAGAGUUCUCCCACGGAGCGGCCUGUGCUGUUGUCCAAAGAAAUAGAGUCCAAGUGGGCUUUGCUGGACCGCGAGGUAAACUACUUGCUGAACAAGGCCAAGUUUGCCAAGCCCAAGCCAAAGGUCAAUAACAGCACCACCUCAGAGAGCAGCAAGGCCAACAGCAGCAAAAUGGAAGAGAAAGUCAUACUUCCCAAGGAGGAGACCAAAGACGAAGAGGGCGCUGAGGUGCAGCAAGAGGAACCGCCCAUCAAAGAGCCCACUAGACAGAACACAGACUCACCCAGCCAAUCACAGCCUACAGAUAAAACUGCAAGUACAGAGGGCGCUGAGGUGCAGCAAGAGGAACCGCCCAUCAAAGAGCCCACUAGACAGAACACAGACUCGUCCAGCCAAUCACAGCCUACAGAUAAAACUGCAAGUACAGAACCAACAGAGAGAAACCAGUCAGAGAACCACAUAGGGGAUGAGUUAUAACAGCUGGAACUAAAGAAAUUUCAUUAUUUAUUGACAAUGUUUAAUUGUUUCCUACAUAUUUUGGGGGUUUUGUUUUUCCAGCCUUUUAUUUUGAAAACCGUAAAGUCAUUGGAUCAGCUCAGACUUCUUGAACUGUGUUAUUCCCACUACCUACCUCUCGUUCUCACUUUCUGUUCACCUUCAUCCCCCUCGGCGGCGAACAUCUUUCCCCCUUACUGACAUGAGCAAGGAGCGCUGACGAAGCCUGGAAUAACCAGCGGAGGAACUGACAUGACUUCAAGUUUGUAUUCUACUAUCCUACAGGUUUAGGCAUACUUUCCCACAUGCAACCAUCUACUUGGACAACUGUAUAUUUGCCCUGCAUAGAACAGAAGUGUUUCGUUUUGGUAGGACUAAUGUUUCCUCCACUGGAACUCUGAAUUGCAUCGUUUGUCGCUUUCUGUGAUCAGGAAGGGUUGUGAGUUGACCUCAAGGUGCAGUUUUGGGCCUGCCAUGGGUUGUGUUCAGUAGGUGAAAAAAUGGGAUUGAUUAUCAUUCUGUUCCAUAAUGUUUGGUUACUGUACCCUACUGAACACCACCCUGGUCUUUGUAUGGCUGGAAGUAUGAAUUUGAGGGCUGCUCAACUGUUGCACUGACUGAAGAAUAAGCAGAUGGUAGCCAUGUCUCAAGCUGCUUGAAUCUCUACCAGAGGAGUGUGUGGUUCCUGUUCUUUGCAUCACCUCAGAUGGUUUGUGAGGAGGGGGGAAUAAACAAAAUAAAACUGGA